AUGCCCGCCGGCAGCCCCCUCACCCUCCUCUCGUGCCUCCUCCUCCUCUCCGCCGCCGCCUCCGCCGCCACCCCCGACACUUUCCACAUCCUCCGCGCCCCGUCCAUCUCUCUCCCCAACUGCCCGAGCUCCUGCGGCAACCUCACCGUCCCCUACCCCUUCGGAAUCGGCGACAGCUCCGGCACCGCCUCCGCCUGCUCCGCCGGCCCCUGGUUCACCCUCAACUGCACCUCCGCGGCCUCCCCCUCCGAACCCCCCCGCGCCUUCAUCGGCACCGUCCGUAUCCUCGAGAUCUCCGACUCCCGCAUGCGCGUCUCCAACGUUGUCGCCCGCCGCUGCUUCGACUCUUCCGGCGCCGUCGUCCGCGCCAACCACGCCACCUCCGACAUCUCCUCCACCCCCUUCACCUACUCCGACCUCAACCAGUUCACCCUCGUCGGCUGCGAUGACCUCGCCCUCAUCACCACCGUCGGCAGCAACGCCACCCUCGGCUUCACCAGCGGCUGCGUUUCCCUAUGCUCCCGAGCCGAUGACGUCACCGGCGCCGGCGGAUGCUCGGGAAUCGGCUGCUGCCAGACGUCACUCCCCCGUGGCAUCAAAUUCUAUCUAACCGACCUCACUAGCCUCCGAAACCACACGCAGGUCGCGUCUUUCGACCCGUGCAGCUACGCCUUCCUCGGGGAGAAGGAGCGAUUCGUUUUCCGCGGGGCGGAUGAUUUAUCCGACCCAAAUUUCAUGGAUCGGGUCUUGGAUACGGUUCCAAUCGUGCUCGAUUGGGCGUUGGGGAACUCGAGCUGUGCGGAGGCUCGAAGGUCGGCCGAUUACGCGUGUCGGGCCAAUAGUUAUUGCGUGGAUUCGGAUAAUAUCAACGAAUGUGCGGACCCGAACCUGCACGACUGUGAAGGGAUGUGCAUAAAUACACCGGGAAGUUACAACUGUUCUUGUCCGCACGGCCAAUUUGGGGACGGUAGAAGGCACGGCCGGGGUUGCAAUGACCUUAACUCAGAGUUUCCUGUAAUAAAGGUGGCUUUAGGUAUCGGGUUCGGGUUUUUAUCGCUCGUCGUAGCAGCAACCUGGUUGUACUUCACACUCAAGAAGCGUAAACUCGUAAAACUUCGCGAGAAAUUUUUCCAACAAAACGGGGGCUUGUUGCUAAAGCAGCAAAUGAUCAGCUCUUCUGUCGAGGGCUCGGCCGUGGACGUGAAAAGAAUAUUCACGGCCGACGAGCUCGAGAAAGCCACCGACGGCUAUUCGGAUGAGAGGAUCUUAGGUCGCGGUGGCUACGGUACGGUGUACAAAGGCAUUCUACACGACAAGCGCGUGGUGGCCAUCAAGAAGUCCCGAGUCAUGGACGAGAGCCAAAUUGAGCAGUUCAUCAACGAAGUCGUGAUACUCACCCAAGUCAACCACCGGAACGUGGUCAAACUCCUCGGUUGCUGCCUAGAAUCCGAGGUGCCUCUGCUCGUGUACGAGUUCGUCUCGCACGGCACGCUCUACGAGCAAAUACACGGCCCGGGGCCAGCUGCCUGGCUGUCCUGGGAUAACCGCCUCAGGAUCGCCUGUGAGGCUGCCGGAGCCCUCUCGUACCUCCACUCGGCGGCGGCCGUCCCAGUCAUCCACAGGGACGUGAAGUCGGCAAACAUCCUUCUCGACGAGCACUACACGGCCAAAAUAUCCGAUUUUGGGGCCUCCCGACUCAUCAACCUGGACCAGACGGAGGUCACGACUCUGGUCCAGGGCACGCUGGGCUACCUCGACCCGGAGUACUUCCGGACGAGCCAGCUCACCGAGAAGAGCGACGUCUACAGCUUCGGGGUCGUGCUGGUCGAGCUCCUCACGGGCCGUAAGCCCAUCGAUAUGGGCCGGGCCCAAGAGGAGCGGAACCUCACAACCCACUUCAUCAUGGCGGUGAAGGAGAAUCGACUCUUUCAAGUGCUCGAGCCGCGGGUCGUGAGGGAAGGCCCGCUCGAGCAGCUGCAGGCGGCCGCCGAGCUCGUGAUGGGGUGCCUGCGGCUGAGCUCGGAGGACCGGCCGACGAUGAAGGAGGUGGCAAUGGAGCUCGAGGGGUUGAGGAGGUUCACGAGGCAUCCGUGGGCCCAACAGCAGCAGGUUCGGGAAGAGGAGGCUGUGGGGUUGAUGGGCGAGGUUGGUGGGUUGGGGGAUCUUUAUGGUCCCGGCCCGAUUGGUUUGGACGAUCUGUAUACGGUUCCAUUUAGUGCGUACAAUAGCACCGGGGAUUUUUCCGGGCAGUACAGCCCGAGUGAGGCUAUUUUUCCUCGGGUGAAUAGCCCACGUUGA